UUAAGGUGCGUAUACAUAUGCGAGCCGAGCGGUUCGCGAGCCGCUUGUGAGCCGCUCGAUGGUGGUUCGUUGAAAUGAUUUUUCAGCGAACCUCCAGCGAUCCAUAGAUUCAGCGCACCAAACGCAAACAAACAUCGCAGUCGACAAAUGCAGUAUGGCUUCGCGAAACGAAAAUUAUACUAUUUUGCUGGGUGCUGCAGUUUUAGUAAUGGCUGAUGUAAAUAAAAAAAGAGAAAGCAACGACGUUGGUGGUGUACUAAUUUAUUCAAGAAACACAGUGGUACGGGAAUUUUAAUGGACCUAAAGUCGCAAGAAAUAAGCGGACAGUAUAAAAAUUUCACUCGAAUGACACCUACUGACUUUGAGAAUCUGUUGCAAAGGAUUGGACCCCAUAUUUCAAAACAGGAGACUUAUUUUCGUACUCCAAUCUCUGCCCAAGAUAGAAAAAAAUGGACAUUCGCAACUUUUUUAAAAGAAAAAUACAACCACCGAAGAAACCAGUAA